UCACUGUACUACCCUCAGCCCCGUUUGUCAGUAGAAAACACUACGCAGUGGCGUGUAGCAGGACGGUGGAGGUUUGGCUCUCACGCGUUAAUCCACCAGGGACGUUUCUCGGAGCCGAUCAUGGAGGUGUCCGGUGCGGCGGCCCCCAGGGUGCUGAGCGCAAGCCGCGGCGUGGAGCGCGCGCUGGAAGAGGCGUCAGGUUCGGGGACGCUGAACCUCAGCUCCAGGAAGCUGAAAGAAUUCACCAGCGCGGCCGCGCACUACGACCUCAGCGACACGGUGCACGCAGAUCUUUCAAAGAAUCGUCUGACAGAAGUUCCUCCUGAGGUCACGCGGCUUGUUUCCUUGGAAACGCUGAACCUUUAUCACAACUGUAUCAGAAGCAUUCCUGACACCAUCAUCAGCCUGCAGUCGCUCACGUCAUUAAAUAUCAGUCGCAACCAGCUGUCAGUGUUGCCGGUGUGUGUGUGUGGUCUUCCCCUGAGAGUCCUCAACGCCAGCAACAACAAACUCAACGCUUUGCCGGAAAGCAUCGGCCAGCUCACCAGUCUCAUGGAACUGGAUGUGAGCUGUAAUGAGGUCACAGCUCUCCCGCGCCAGAUCGGACGCCUCAAAGCUCUACGAGAACUCAACGUGCGCCGGAACCUUCUGUGUGUCCUGCCUGAAGACUUGGCAGAUCUACCUCUGGUAAAGUUUGAUUUUUCCUGUAAUAAAGUUUCCACUAUUCCAAUCUGCUACCGCAAAAUGACUCAGCUCCAAUCACUACAUCUAGAGAAUAACCCACUACAGAGCCCUCCAGCACAGAUUUGUAUAAAAGGGAAGGUGCACAUAUUUAAGUACCUCACAAUGGAGUCGUGUCGCAGCGACAAGAUGGCCGACGCCCUCUACCUGCCUGUUAUUGACCACCUCGGCCUAUCACGUCCCACCGCUGGCAGUACGGAGGACAUUGAUCAACAUCGGAAGCUUGACAGCGACUCUGGGCUGGGAAGUGAUAAUGGAGACAAGCGGCUUUCUGCCACAGAGCCAUCUGACGAGGACAGUCUGAGUCUUAAUGUCCCCAUGUCCAACAUCACAGAAGAGGAAGGAAUAUGUAAAGAUGAUUCUAUCGAGCAUAUCAGUUCCAUGACAGCAGACCAAGGCCCUUCAGAUUCAGGACAGUUUGGCUACAGAGAUUCUUCCUAUACGACUCGAUUCAUCAACUACAUCAAGGGUCGAGGUGUUGACUUCGACGAGCCCCUCAGAAUCGAGGAAGACAGUAACUGGGCAGCUGAGCAGUCGUCAAAGGUUAACCUGAUCAGCCCUCUGAAAGAGGCAGUGGACCUGCUGCAGAAUCCUAACAGAGUGAACAUGAGCUCAUCUGAUUUGUCUGGAAUUAAACUCUACCCAGUGGAAAUGGUCACAGUGGACGAAUCUCUUAAUGGUCAGGAGAGUGAAGAUGGACAGACGACGCCUAAGGACGGUCCGGAUGAAGGCUGGGAGUUCCAGAGGAAGAGGCAGUACAUUCUCAAACGGGCUCGUCUGGAGGCCCAGCUCGCGUGCCAGCAGUACACCUUCUAUGUGGCUCAAAAGGGUGAGACGAUUUGUGAGGAGAAGACAGACGACUGUCGAGCAGAGCAAGAGAAUAGUGAAGCCCAGAGUCCAGUGUUUUCACCACCGUUCGGCUUGAAGCCUCGAUCAGCUCCUCCCCCUGUCCCUUGCUCACCUUUGUCCAUCAGUAGAGACACACCCACUAGGCCUCAUGAUGGACGUGUUCCUCUCAGUGUUUUCUUGAGAACUCCUAAGAGUCUCGAAUCAGUGGAUCCUCAGUUCACCAUGAGGAGAAAGAUGGAACAGCUCAGAGAGGAGCUGGAACUCGUGGAGCAGCUACGUGAGAACAUUGAGAGCAGACUGAAGGUUGUGCUUCCUGAAGAUCUCGGCUCCUCGCUCAUGGAUGGGGUGGUUCUCUGUCAUCUAGCCAAUCAUGUUAAACCACGCUCAGUGGCUAGCAUCCACGUUCCUUCUCCAGCAGUACCCAAGCUCAGUAUGGCUAAAUGCCGUCGGAACGUCGAGAACUUCUUGGAUGCUUGCAGGAAGAUCGGAGUUCCUGAGGACAGAUUGUGUCUCCCUCAUCACAUUCUGGAGGAGAAGGGACUAAUGAAAGUGGGGGUCACCAUUCAGGCGCUGCUGGACCAGUUCUCGGUGAAACAGAACCUCUUCACAUGAACUCGCUGAAACAUUAUUCAUUUGAUAAUCGUGUUAAAUUCCAGUCAACAUUUAUUAGUCCAAAGAUGAACACGUGGAUAAAACAUUCCUUUAUUUAAUAUCUAUUUAUUAAGAAAGAGUAGGAUUUAAGAAGAAAACAAGGUAUUGGUCCAUUACAACAUUUUACUCGGUUGAUGAUAUUUUAUUCAAUUUACUGAACAUUAUUCACAAACUGAGCUGUGAAAUUUCUGUUAAAAUGUAUUAUGUAUAGGGAUUGUACAUUUAUCUUCAUUACACACAGCUUGAAUUGUCCUCUUAACACUUAACACCUGAUCAGUACACUCCUCUGUGUUCAGUACACUGUGUUCAGUACACUCCUGUGUUCAGUGCACUCCUCUGUGUUCAGUACACUGUGUUCAGUACACUCCUCUGUGUUCAGUACACUCCUCUGUGUUCCUGUGUUCAGUACACUGUGUUCAGUACACUCCUCUGUGUUCAGUACACUCCUCUGUGUUCCUGUGUUCAGUACACUGUGUUCAGUACACUCCUCUGUGUGGUGUGGAUCCUAAUGGAAAUCAGUGAUAAAUGACAGAAAGAAAUGGAACAAAACCAAAAAAGUGCUUAGAAAUGUACUCAGGCCUUUAGACUAUGUAUGUGCAUUGUGUGUGAUUUAUGUGUGUGUGUGUGUGUGUGUGUGUGUGUGUGUGUGUGUGUGUAGUAGGGAUAAUUGGAUAAUAUAUAGAUUGAACAGAUCAUGUGUUUGAAGCAGGUUUACUGAUAUUAAUGACACACUAUUGUUUUUUUAGUUUUGUUUUUUUAUUAAAAAAAUGUUCCCAGGCCAUUUGGUUGAGACCAGAGAUCUGAGAACUGAGAGAGAGAGAGGGGGAGAGAGAGGGAGAGAGAGAGAGGGAGAGAGAGGGAGAGGGAGAGAGAGAGAGGGAGGGAGAGACUGAUGUAGUGUAAUACAAAUGAAAAAAUCUUUAUUUUUUUUAGGCAAAAAAAAACCCCAGGUGUCCUUAAACUUUUGACAGGCAGUGUGUGUGUGUGUGUGUGAGAGAUAUUAAUAAGCUGUGAGGACAUAAAUGGCCUGUUAAUUGUAUACACACACACACACACACACACACACACACACACACACACACCUUUUGGAUGUCUCAGGGGAGGUGUGACCUCAGUAGACUUUUCUCUGCUUAAGUCCAUCACAUCUUUAUCUAUACUGUGUGUGUUUGGGAUUUUGUUCUGCACCUCUUUCAGCAGAUGAGUGCACAGUUUAGACUGUAUUGUGUAUAUCACUGAGAAUCAUGUUUGUUUGAGUGGGUGGUUUUGUUUGUGCUCGUCAGAUAAAGUUUGUAGGUUUUUCGACUGUUUGUUCGACUGUUGUUGAUUUAUUUAGUUCUGAUGGAGUGUGGUAGUUAAACGAAUGCACUAAUCAGUGUGAACAUUUGUUGUUUGCUUUACUCGUCACAUGCAAGGAUUCGUACAAGGUUCACUACCAAAUUAGCAAAACAAACUAACCACACGAGCUGCAUAAACUUAUUUGUCACAACCAAUGAUCUCUGAUACCCCCCAAAUCCCCCCAAAGGUUCUAUAGACGUUUAAUAAAGGGUUUAUUAAAGGGUUUAAUAAAGGCUUGUUUUUUUUUCUACUGGGAACCAAUUACAGGUAAGACUUAAAGCCAUGACUGAGGGACUGAUCUCAUAUAUACGCAAUUGUGUGAUUUUUUUUUAGCUUUGUUGUGAAUAUUGUUCAAUAUCUAAUACUAUAAAAGAUCACAAACUGUAUAUGGCAAUACUAUAGGUAACCAACUAACCUAUUAAACUAGUAUCUUACUCAUUAACUUGCAAUAAACUCCUGUUUGUACACACAAAAUUUCCUCUAAUAAUCAGGACAGAUGAUGAAAGACUUUACACAAACAUUGCACUAUUAUUAGUGACUUCAAACCAAGCAGUUUUCUUUACCAGACACUUUUUUUUGUUCAUUGCGGUUAGAGAUUCUGUUAGAAUUUAUUAAUCAAGUUAUAUUUAAUUCGAAUUUCUAGCAAAUUUAUAAAUUGUAGCAAUCCUUAAAAUGGUUAUUCGUACAAAAUAAUUUAUUGUACAAA